AAGUGUAUUUGUUUUUCUCCCAGAAAAGGUCUUUUUUUACUUUGCAAAAGAUUCGUUCAUUUUCUUUCUUUAAUUUUCUCCCCGUUUUACCGCACAGCGGCCAUCCCCAGCAGGGCAAUGGUACCGCACAUAAUUUACAGCAUCAUAUUUGUGAUGCUGUUUUUCUUUACAAUUUUCCCAACGUCCGAAAUGGAAUCGGUUGGGCUGACCGUGAAUCAGCUGUGCACACAUUACCUGUCGGCCGAAACCGAUUUCGUACUGUACCAUCUAAAAGCGACCAGCGUUAAGCUGCUCAUCCAUUCCUCGUUGCCAAUCAUCUAUGUCAUCUUCAUAUGGGUAAUGGCAUGGCUCAAUCCGGACGAAAUCGUGAUGCAGGAGAGCGCCUCAUUUUACGCCGAAACGGCUUGGAACAUGUUCUGUAGCGGUUCCGGUACGCUGCUGCUCGUAGCUAUGCUUACCGUGUUCUACUGGGCAACGGACGGUUGGAGCAAUCACCCGAUCGCGAAACAGCUGCAACUUAUGACGACCCCAGACCUGCCCGACUGGCGAUCGGUAGCGAACAACAUUAACGACGAGUAUCGGCGGGAUACCAAAAUUUCCAUACGCUCGAAUGCCAUCUCAACGCUAGUGGUUACGGAAAGUUGGAUCAUUAAAACUAACAUGUACGUGCACAAUAUCGUUUCGCAGAACGAAGCACACCUGUGCGCGUACAAGAUCGACAUAAAGGAGGUGAUCACCGACACGCUCGAAUCAGCUGAGUUCGUUAACAUCCUAGUCAAACCAUUGGUAACACGGGUCAAGCCGUUUAUCAUACGUAUCAACAUCAGCCACAUCAGGGAACUGCGCGAUCGACUGCAACGUCCGAUGCUGGUGAUGCCUUCGGUACAGUUCCGCAACCUUACGGAACGGUUUGUGGAUGCGUUCAAGGAGGAGGUCGCACUGAACCCCACCUUUGCCAGCACGCACGUAGCGGAGGACGGUGAUUGCUGUCUCGCUUGUCUGCAAGUUCAGCCAGACGUGAAGAUUGUCAAAUACUGCCUUGAUAUCGAUGCGCGGGGUGCGAUACUGCCCGAAUCAGAACGCUGCCAGCCCUGCGGAUGUCGGCCGUUGUGGUGUGUCGGAUGUUUAGCGACCUGGUUCGCCUCACAGCAGCGGCGAGCCGAUCGGGAUACGUGGCUGAGCAAGAAAACAACCUGUCCGAUGUGCCGUGCCCGGUUUUGUGUGCGGGACGUAUGCUAUCUAGAGAAUCGGGUGCCGGUGCAACAACAAACACAAGAAUAAAUAUUCGUCCAGCAAGAAAA